GGAAACGAGUCGCCAGGCGGAAGCAAUGAUCGGCGGUGCCGCGAUGCAGCCGGCGAUAUUUUCAGGUUGCACAAAACCGUGGAGACGGUAGCAUUUCACAGAAAAAAAACAUCACAUUCGCAGCCGGAUGAAACAUGUCAACGAAACAAGUGACCUGCAGGUACUUCCUCCACGGGGUCUGUCGGGAGGGCAGCAGGUGCAUGUUCUCUCAUGAUCUGGCCACAAGCAAGCCUUCGACUAUCUGUAAAUAUUACCAGAGAGGAGUGUGCGCAUAUGGGGACAGAUGCAGGUAUGAUCACAUCCGAGCUCCGGGCCGCGGCGGCGGGGGAUCAUCGGCGGAGCAGCAGAACCGAAGCAGCAGCAGCGCGGGGGCCUCAGCGCCGGGCCCCGGACCCCCACCCAACACUGGCAAACACUCCAGCAAGCCCCUGGUGCUCCGAGACAAAGCGCUGGGCUCGGACAGAGCUAGGGACUGCUGGGAAUACAGCGACGACAGCAAGCCUCACACCUACCUGGAGGCCAUCCGCUCCGGCCUGCAGAGCUCCGCCGGCGCCGGCCCCGGCCCCGGCCCCAGCCCCGGCCCCGGACCCCAUCCCGACCCGCAGCAGCAGCUCUGCCCGUACCUGGCGGCGGGACACUGUCACUACGGCGACAGCUGCCCGUAUCUCCAUGGCGAUCUGUGUGAAAUAUGCCGCCUGCAGGUCCUGCAUCCGCACGACCCCGAACAGAGAGCGGCGCACGAGAAGAUGUGCAUGACGGCCUUCGAGCUGGACAUGGAGAGAGCGUUCGCGGCGCAGCAGAGUCAGGACAAGCAGUGUAAGAUCUGCCUGGAUGUGGUGUACGAGAAGGCGUCUCCGUCCGAGCGGCGCUUCGGGAUCCUCUCCAGCUGCUGCCACACGUACUGUCUGAGCUGCAUCCGGCAGUGGCGCUGCGCCGAGCAGUUCCAGAACCAGAUCCGCAAGUCCUGUCCCGAGUGCCGUGUGGUGUCUGAGUUCGUGAUUCCCAGCAUGUACUGGGUGGAGGACCAGGAGGAGAAGAACCGGCUCAUCGAGGAGUUCAAGUCCGGAGUCAGUAAGAAGCCCUGCAAGUACUUCGAUCAGGGAAGAGGAACGUGUCCGUUUGGAGGGAAGUGUUUCUACAUGCAUGCGUACGCCGACGGGACACGAGCAGAACCUGACAAACCCCGCAAACAGAUGAGCGCAGAGGGGAACGUGCGGUUCCUGAACUCGGUGCGUCUGUGGGACUUCAUCGAGGAGCGUGAGCACCGCGGGACGCCGGCGUUCGAGGACGAGGUCAGUGAGCUGGGAGAGCUCUUCAUGCAGCUGUCCGGAGCCGGAGAGACGAGCGGCUCGUCCGCAGCACGCUGACCCGCCUCCGCCGCGACCCGGACCGGGGGGAAGGACAUGUGCAUCCGCGGCUGGCCACACGUGUUCGUGCUACAGCAUAUAGUUCAUCCGUACGAAUCCGAAAACUCUAUUCAAGCACCUGUAUGGUCUCUGUAGGCUGCUGUAUCCUCCUGACCUGCAUUGGGAUUUUGCCAGAUUUUUUUAACGUCAUGCCCAAAGACGAAUGUAUGAUGGGAACUGAAAUCUCUCUGGCACAUUUUCAAAUGCACUCCAGUAGUGUAUUACAGAAAUACUGUUAAGUGUAAAAAGAAAAAAAGAAAAAAAAAGAAAGAAAUAAAUAGUAACCAUUGCACUUAGUUCAGAUAACAUUAUAUUCAUAACGUUUGGGCAUCAUGCAAUACGGCUGUGGUUGAAAACAGUAAGCAUUGAUUUUGUCGCCAGUGAAUGGACCUGUUGAUAUUUUAGGAGCAUCUGGAUUCUAGAUACUUCAUUUCGGACUCAACUGAUACCAUAGUACUGAAUUCACUCAUCUGGUUUACUCUGAUUAUGGGUUAGUAUAUUCUGUUUUCUGAAUUGUAUUGUUGAGUGACACUGGAGCGAGUGUAAUAAACCGUUUAGUGACCGAG